AUGUCUCGCAAUAUCACCUUCAAAUUAAGCAACGGCGUCACCAUUCCAGGACUCGGAUUCGGUACCUUUUCCAACGAGGGAUCGAAGGGAGAGGCGUACAAGGCUGUUCUGCAUGCCCUCCGGACAGGGUAUAGGCACCUUGACUGUGCUUGGUUCUAUCUGAACGAGGAUGAAAUCGGGCAGGCCAUUCAAGAUUUCCUCAAGGAGAACACCAGCGUAAAGCGAUCCGACUUGUUUAUCACAACCAAGGUCUGGAACCACUUGCACGAAAAGGACGAGGUGGCCUGGUCGUUGGACAAUUCGUUGAAGAAUCUUCAACUUGACUAUGUCGACCUCUUCUUGGUCCACUGGCCAAUUGCCUGUGAAAAGGAUGACAAGUGGAUGCCCAAGAUCGGCCCUGACGGCAAGUACGUUAUCAAAAAGGAGUUAACUGAGAACCCCGAGCCCACCUGGCGUGCAAUGGAGGCAUUGUACGAUGCGGGCAAGGCGAAAGCUAUCGGAGUAUCGAACUUCACCAUUUCAGGGGUAAAGCAGAUUCUAUCCUUCGCCAGAGUACCUCCCCAUGUCAACCAGAUUGAAAUCCACCCAUUUCUUCCUAAUACCGAACUCGUCGACUUUUGUUUCUCGAAGAACAUCAUGCCACAGGCAUACUCGCCACUUGGAUCUCAAAACCAAGUCCCAACGACCGGCGAGAAGGUCGGAACCAACCCUACGCUGAAUGAGAUUGCUAAGAACGGCGGACACACUCUGGCACAGGUGCUGAUUGCUUGGGGCGAGAAGAGAGGCUAUGUGGUGCUCCCGAAGAGCUCGAACCCGCAACGAAUCGAAAGCAACUUCAAGGAGAUCGAGCUAUCCAAUGAAGAAUUCGAGGCUGUCAAUAAAGUGGCUGAAGGGAGACACUCACGCUUUGUUAAUAUGAAGGAUACCUUUGGCUAUGAUGUCUGGCCAGAGGAAGCUACACAGUGA